AUGGGAGUAAGCAACAACAUCACUGCAGUGCUGAACUUCAUAGCCCUGUUGGCCUCAAUGCCCAUAAUGGGUGCAGGUGUAUGGCUAGCCUCCAAACCAGACAACGAGUGCAUCCACAACUUCCGCUGGCAUGUCCUCAUCCUUGGCCUCCUCGUACUCCUCGUCUCUCUUGCUGGCUUUGUCGGUGCUUACUGGAACAAGCAAGGCCUCUUGGCCUUUUACCUUGGCUGCAUGGCCAUCCUAAUCGCUCUUCUCCUUUUCAUCCUCCUCUUUGCUUUCAUCGUUACCAGACCUGAUGGAACCUACCAUGUCCCCGGACGAGGCUUCAAGGAGUCCAUGCUCGAUGGUUUCUCCCCCUGGCUAAGGAACCAUGUCACCACUUCUCGGAGUUGGAACAAGAUAACGACUUGUUUGGCUGUUUCUGAUACUGUUUCUGAAUAG